GAAAAAUCUCUUAUAAUGUCUCGUCUGCGCCAGCUAUCAAUGAACGUACACAAACUUUUAGCAACACCAACAGAUCUGAAGAAGGAGUCAGUCGAGAAGGUCUCGGCUGCCCUCAACCCUUUGAUAGCAGACACUUUCGCGUUGUAUGUCAAGACCAAAAACUACCACUGGCAUGUCGCAAGCAGCCACUUUAGGGACUACCAUCUGCUGUUAGAUGAUCAAGCCGAAAGCAUCUACAGUAGCAUUGACCCUCUCGCUGAGCGAGUCCGACGCAUUGGAGGAACCACUAUUCGUAGCAUAUCACAUAUUUCCAGCUUACAGAAAGUCAUCAAGGACGAUAACGAAGAUUUUGUUGAGCCGGAAAAGAUGAUCACUCACCUUAUUGCCGAUAACCUCAAUCUUCUCAAGGAACAACGCAGCGCUCAUGGUAUUUGUGAUAGCAACGGCGACUGUGCUACUACCAGCAUUUUGGAAGAUCAUAUUGAUGAGUGUGAAAAGCGUAUUUGGUUCUUGAACUCUGUUCAUGCUGGAGGUUCUCAUAUGAAAUAAAAUUUGUGCACUCACCAUGAUUUUGAGAGCUUUUAAUCACCAGUCAACAAAGCGAGCAUAACAUCGUUCAUUUGUCAUUUUUAUUUUUUAUUAUGGUUUCUGCGGAAUUUUAUAAAUGAUAAAUAGAAUUAAAAUUCUAGAAAUGUGAAAGCUAACUUCUUCGCUGUACUCGUCACCAGCAAUACGGGAAAAUGAUUCAUAUAGCUACCGUGUGCGGCUAACGAAGUAUACCUGCCAAAUGUGAAACCAAACAUGG